CCGCGUUCCACUUAAACUAUUUUAAUCCUUGGACCCAAGGAGGAGGCUGAUAGGGGGGGAAGAGUAGGUGCGGGGGGGGGGGGGUGUGCGGAUAAAAAAAGUUCUUCCAGAAUAGUGUGCCCGGGGAGGGCAGGAUGGGGGACUUCGCGGCCCCCGCCGCCCCCGCCGCCCCCCCCGCGGCGAAUGGCAGUAGUAUCUGCCUGAACAGCAGCAGCGGCGGCGGCGGCGGCAGCCUGGGCGGCCUCGGCGGGGCGGCGAUCGGCGGGGCCGGGGUCGGCGCGGGGGCUCCCGGCGGCGGGGCCCCGGCGGGGGGCGUCCCCAAGCACAGCACGGUGGUCGAGCGGCUCCGCCAGCGCAUCGAGGGCUGCCGGCGGCACCACGUCAACUGCGAGAACAGGUACCAGCAGGCUCAGGUGGAGCAGCUGGAGCUGGAGCGCCGGGACACCGUCAGCCUCUACCAGCGCACCCUGGAGCAGCGGGCCAAGAAGCCGGGCGCCGCCAAGCAGCAGCACCCGCAGCCGCACCCGCAGCAGCACCCCAACAAACCCCAGCAAGAUGCGGAGGCCGGCUCGGCCGAGCAGAGGAACCACACUCUGAUCAUGCUACAAGAGACGGUGAAGAGGAAGUUGGAAGGCGCUCGCUCACCUCUCAACGGAGACCAGCAGAAUGGAACUUGCGAUGGGAGUUUUUCUCCAACGAGCAAGCGAGUCCGGAAGGACCUCCCCGCGGGGAUGGACGCCCUUCACAGCCUCCCCAACAACAGCGUGCCUCUGCCUUCGGCUUCCCCCCUGCACCAGCUGGACCUGAAGCCUCCUUUGCCCUUGCAGAACAGCGGGACCCACGCCCAGGGGCUCCUGGAAGAUCUGAGCAAGAAUGGCAGGCUCCCCGAGAUCAAGCUCCCCGUCAACGGCUGCGGCGACCUGGAGAACAGCUUCGGCCUCAAGCAGGAGCCGCUGGACGACGCCGGCUGCCUGGACCCGUCGGAGACGUCGCUGUCCAACCAGAACAAGCUGUUCUCCGACAUCAACCUCAACGACCAGGAGUGGCAGGAGCUGAUCGACGAGCUGGCCAACACCGUCCCCGAGGACGACAUCCAGGACUUGUUCAACGAGGACUUCGAGGAGAAGAAGGAGCCGGAGUUCGCGCCGGCGGCGGCGGCCGCGGAGACCCCGCCGUCGCAGGAGAGCGUGAGCGUCCCGGGCGACCCCUCGCCCUCGCCCUUCCCGCACGUGUCCGCGGGGUCGCCGCAGGCCCGGCCCGCGUCCUCCGGCCCCCCCUUCGCCGCCGUCUCCGCGGCCGCCUCCCACGCCGCCGGCUCGCCCGCCCACCGCGCGGCCCGCUCCCCCCAGACGCCGAGCCCGGCCCACGCCCCCGGCCAGGCCCCGUAUCUCCUGAACCCCGCCGCCGCGGUGGCACCCGGGCCCGGCUCCGACAUGUCCCCCGCCGAGCAGCUCAAGCAGAUGGCCGCCCAGCAGCAGCACCGGGCCAAGCUGAUGCAGCACAAGCCGCCGCCGCACUCGGGCCGGGCCUCCGGCUGGUCCCCCCUCGGGCCGCCCUCCGGCCCCUACGGAGCCGCGUUCACCCCGGACACACCCAACAGCCCCAUGGUGUACCCCCAAGCCUUCAACAGCCAGAACCCCAUCGUGCCGCCGAUGGCAAACAACCUGCAGAAGACGCCCGUGAACAACUACCUCCCUCCCAACCCCAUGGCCGCGCUCGGCCCGCCGCCCAAUAACCUGGGCCCCGGCUCCUUGAACAAGCCGCACAGCCUGCUCUCGUACGGCAACACGAAACCCCUGACUCACUUCAACGCCGACCUGAGCCAGAGAAUGACGCCCCCCAUGGCCAACCCCAGCAAGAACCCCCUGAUGCCCUACAUCCAGCAGCCGCCGCCCCCCCAGCAGUCCCCGCAGCCGCCGCCGCCGCUCCAGGCCCCCCGGGCCCACCUGAGCGAGGACCAGAAGCGCAUGCUCCUCCUGAAGCAGAAGGGGGCGAUGGGCCAGCCCCUGGCCUACGCCGCGCUCCCCUCCCACGGCCAGGAGCAGCACCCCGUCGGGCUCCCGCGGGCCGCGGGCCCCGUGCCCCCCUCGGCACCCCCGGGCUCCGGCGGCGGCGGCGGCAUGGUCUCCGGAGGCAGCCCCGUGGGCCCGGGCUUCCUGGGCAGCCAGCCGCAGGCCGCCCUCAUGAAGCAGAUGCUCCUGGAGCAGCGGACUCAGCUGAUGGAGCAGCAGAAGCAGCAGUUCCUGCGGGAGCAGCGGCAGCAGCAGCAGCAGCAGCAGCUUCUGGCCGAGCAGCAGCUGCACCAGACGCACCUCCCCCGGCAGCACGCCCAGCAGCCGCCGCCACCGCCGCAGCGGAGCCCGUACCCCAUGCAGCAGGUCGGCCAGUUUCAAGGUUCGGCGCAGGACAUGGCGGCCGCCAGGAGCCAGGCGGCGCUGCAGAGCAUGCGGACGUCCCGGAUGAUGGCGCAGAACGCGGGCCUGAUGGCCAUGGGGCCCUCCCAGAGCCCGGGGACCAUGGGCGCCGCCGCCGCCCAGUCGGAGAUGGGGCUGGCCCCUUACAGCGCCCCGGCGGCCGGCCAGCCGGGCCUGUACGCCAUGGGCCCCGGCCUGACGCAGAUGCUGCAGCACCCGAGCGCGGGCGCCCUGAGCGCCCCCCACGGCCCGGCCCCGGCGCCCCGGCCGCCCGCCUCGGGCCCGGGGGUGGGCGUGGUGGGCGGCUUUGCGCAGAGCAUGCUGGUCGGCGCCCAGCACCCCCCCGUGAAGGGCGCGGGGGGCCAGGCCCCGGCCCGGCCCCAGGGCGCCCCCCGGCUGCAGACGGUCCCGGGGACGGCCCAGCAGGGGGCCCCGGGCUGGCAGCCGAGGGGGCUGUCGGGGCUGCCCGGCCGGGCCGGGGCCGAGCUGGCGCCGUUCGCCAACGGCCCGGGCUACGCGCUGCAGGCCGGCCCGCCCCGACUCGCCGCCAAGCCGCCCUUCCCGGGCCCGGACGCCGGCCCCGCGGCGGGGAGAGCCCUCCACCCGGCCGCCCUGGCGCGCCCGCUGCGCCCCCCGCUGCCCGGGCCGCAGGGCGCCCCCGCGCAGGCGCGGCCCGGGGCCCUGGCGGGCCUGAGCGCGGGCGUCGCGGGGCUGCCGGCCUUCGGCCCGCCCUCCGCGCAGCCGCAGGGCCCGGCGGGCGGCGGCGGCGGCGGCUACGCGGGCAGCGGGCAGAGCCCGGCCUACGAGCGCCCCCCGCAGGACGCGCCCUACGGCUACGGCGAGGGCGCCGCGCCCGCCUUCCCCGGCCUCCCCGACGGCGCCGCCGACCUGGUGGACUCCCUCGCCAAGGGCGCGCCGCCGCCGGGCGACGAGUGGAUGCAGGAGCUCGACGAGCUGUUCGGGAACCCCUAGUCCCGGCCGCGCGGACGGCCGCGCACGCGCAGGAGGAGAAG